AUGCUAGCUAACGCGUCUGCUAGCAUUAGCUGAAUGCCGAUAAUCCCGCGUUGUUUUAAUGCUUGUUCACGACUGUACACGUUCAAAAAACUCACCGGACAAAUGCAGCGCUCAUUGUCGUCAGUGUCGCACGAGCUUAAGAAACCAGUCUGCAAGGACAAAACUGAGCCAGCAGAAGACACCUGGAGACUGAACUAUGUCACUGGGAACCUGUUCUCCUGCCCCGAGGACCAGGCUCUGGCCCACUGCAUCAGUGAGGACUGCCGCAUGGGGGCAGGCAUAGCGGUGAUGUUCAAACAGAAGUUCAAAGGGCUAGAGGAGUUAAAGAACCAGAGAAAGCAGCCAGGACAGUGUGCUGUACUGAAAAGAGACAGACGUUUUGUCUACUACCUGAUCACAAAGAAAAAAGCCAGCCAGAAACCGACCUAUGACAGCCUGAGGAGCAGCCUGGAGGACAUGAAGUCUCACUGUGAACGCAAUGAAGUAACAAGAAUAUCAAUGCCUCGUAUCGGUUGUGGCCUGGAUCGACUGGCGUGGGACAAAGUGUCCGUGAUACUGGAACAGGUGUUCAAACACACAAACAUCUCCAUCACUGUCUACAGCCUUCCUGAGAAAACCGAGACCAAAGUGAUGAAGGAAAACAUGCGCAGAUGAUCGAUGCAGUACUUUUGUUGUAAUAUUUAGUUUACACACUUUCCUGUAUCUUUUCUGUAUCCCACAGCAUGUGGCCCCGAUGUUUUAUCUUUUUCAAUGAAAAAUGUUUUGUUUAAAUAAACUUUCUUUGUUGCACAUGAAA